ACAACAUAACCUCAAAGUUGAGUCGUGUUUCGUUCUCCCGCCGGAUCAACCGGAAUUAAUAAAUUCACUUUUAAAUUUUUUAUAUCUUUAAAUUUUUGGAAGUUCUACGGCUAUGUUUCUCCCGCUUUCUGAAUUGAAGCAGCUUUUUCCCGUAUCAGAACCAUUUUUACGAUGAAAAUCAGUUGUUUCUCUGUGUAGAACUCUCAUCUCAAUGCAAAUAGUUUUUAGCCUUCCAUGCAUCCCACGACAAUCCAUGCUUGAAGUUUGUUACAAAGAAAAUUGUCAAGUUACGAUAAAACAAUAGUUAUUAAGGAAGGAAAUAUCAUCAUGUCAGAGGAAGAAUUAUCACCUGGACCGAGCACUGGUGAGAUGGGUGAUGACGACACUGAAUCAACCAGAACUCCUCAGGAAGAGAAUGAAGUAUCGCCAGGAAAGAGCACCAGUGAAAAGGCUGAAGGCAUUACUGAAACGAAUGGAACUUCGCGGAUAUUUCUUCUCCACAAAGCAGGGUUAAAUUUCGAUGAGAACUUAGAUAUUAUAGAGCUACGCCAUCCGAGUACAGAUGGUCCUGGUAUGUUUUUACUAUCUGCCGACAAUACAGUAAUUCAAGAAGUUCAAACUUUUUCUGAUGAUUUAAGAUCCUGGUUCAUUGAUGAAACCGUUAAAUCAGAUGGAGAUUUGUUUGUCACAACACCCAUUGACCCAUUGUUCCUAGCUUUAUCUUAUUUUGUGAAGGUUGGACGAUGUAUGCCCUUAGAUCAAAUAUUGACAGAUGAUGAGUUUCCGCAAACCCAGAGAUUGUUGGAUGUUCUAAAACCUGCAUCCCUAAGUCAGAUUGCUGACAUGAAAGGUCCAGAGUCUGUGAAUGCUUGGAUGCUGAAUGAAGAGAAACUCCUCUCAUGGCUGAAAGCGAAAACCAUGAGAGUAGCAGAUGUGUUGAAACUCAAGCGAACUCAUGUUGGACCAAUGGCUGUGUCUAAUACAUUUGUCAAGUCAAAAGAAGAUACGCCUGAGAACUACCUGAAGUAUGCCCAUGGAAUUAUCUCAGAAUAUCUCCCUGAAGAACUGAGUAAGAAACUGUCAACUGCUCUUGGAAUACCUGCAGAAACAGAUCUCAAACGGAAGAAACCGCAGUCUGAUGUUAAAGAAAAUAAGAAACCCAAGUUGGAAAAAGUUGAGUCUGAAUACUUUGCAGACUCAGUAACUUCAUCGAACUCUGAUUCCAUGAAUGAAGAAAAGCCACCUCCAACACCAAAGCAGACGAUUAGUUCCAAGGAUAAGGCGCGAGCUGUAGCCGCUAAAGGAUCCAAAUCAAUAUCAUCGUUCUUCACAAAAAAAUCCUAAGUUUGGCGAGGAGCUUAUGUAAAUUAAGUUUCAAAUACAUAAUCUGUUCAUUUCACUCUUUAUUAAGUAAGUGCAUGAAGUUAACCAUCCUAGGUAAAUUACAUGUAAGUACCUGAUUAAUUUUACCACAUGAUCAAGUUUUUAUCUUUUCACAUCCUCUCAAUGACUUAACUGCCAAUAAAAUUUAUAUUUUGUUACAAUUGCAGUGAAACAUUCAAAGAAACAAACGACUCAACAUUUUUUAAUAUAAUAGUCAGUUACAAGAUAUUUUUUUCCCCCACAAAAAUGGUACGGAAUAAUAAGCAAAGUAAAUCAACAAAACUCGAAACGUAAAUUUCUGCAAAAUCCGUCUAUUUUCCAACCUGCACAGGUGUUACCUUUAGUUUUAAUUGCCUUACUAUUUAUUAAUUUUUUAACUGUAGAGUUCUUACAUUGUCGAGAAAAUCAUAUAACUGUGAUGUAACUUAAAUAGUCAGCAUAUCCAAAUCUGAGAAGAUGACUUUUGGU